GGGGCGGUUGUUGCGGUCGUGUUCGUUUCGUGCUCAAAAUGAGAAGAGCUUUUACUGUUUUACUUUUUUGCCUGAAAUACAUUUUGAGAUAAUUUCUUAUUGGUAGUUCUGUUUAUGCCAUCGUUUGCGUCUGUGUUAUUUGCGAUUGCGAGAGCCCAUAGUUAACAUUAGUUCAAAUUAAAACCGAAUGCACAGCGAAAGGCAAACAGCAGAAUAGAAUUGCGGUUUAUUCUUUUUUCUCAAGAAAUCCAUCUCGCCGUUCCCUUUUAUCCGUCGGAUAUGUUGUUCUAUAAUAUCGCAAAGUGUGCCGGUAAAAAAUAAGCGCAAAGUUGGAACAGAAAAUCAUCAUCAUGUCCGAUGUCUGUUCUCUAUCCAAAUGACAAAUUGCUUAUAAAUAGCCCGAGACCACAUGGUAUCAAUAAUGGCUCCUAGUUUCGGUUUCCUAUUGGGUAAACAAAGUUUUAGUUUAAUUAGCUUCGCAUUGUAAGCUGCAACCGAAUCUGAAAUAGACCGUGGCAAAGAAGGAAAAAUAUAUAUAUAUACAUAUAUAUAUUAUAAUUGCAUUUCAUGUAAGCCAGUGUAAAUUCGCGUCGUUCGUGUGUGCUGAAAAUACGGAGAGUGCAAUGGCAUAGUGUAGUAGUAUCCCGAUUCGCGCCGUUAUUGUUAAUGCGCAGUGAAUUAAAUAAAGCAAGCCAGCGCCGCCGAUUCACAAAACAUCAAUAAGCCCAGCCCAUGAUAAGGAUACCAAAACAAAAAACUUCGAAUACUUUUACAGAAACGUAAACAUCCAGAUUUGAUAGUAAUCUCCGACGAGUUUGUGUGUCUGUCAAGUGUAAACUUAGCUCCCCUGGCUACUGUUCAAAUACCACAAAAAUCCAUAAGAAUACAACAAAAUCGCAAGGUUUUGCUUAUUUGAAAGUGGAUUUGAAUUGCAGUAAUGUCAAACCGCGUAACAAUAUUAAGCAGCGUUAUCAACAUUCGAAAGUGCACAGAUGAUUCGCCGCCAAUAAGCCCACGGAAAGAAGAAAUUCAAUACAACAUAAAAAACAAAUGCACAGUAAUAAAUGCAAAUUAAAACUAAAACAAAAACAAAAAGAAAAACAAAAACAAAAAAACCGGGCAUACUAUAUGACACAAUGGUCAUGUUGUUUUCCACAAAGACAGUGCGAAAUUCAUUAUAAUCGACGGUGGAAAAUGGUUAGUGCGGUUAACACCACUAAUGGAUCGGUUUUUUCUGAGAAACUGCCGCAGCUGUGUUCUUUUCUGUCUCUACAAAAUCCAAGAGCCGACACCAAAGAAGGUGCGGUGAAUACUUAAUUUGUUAAUCACCCAACGAAUAAAUCUCCUCGACUUAGUAUUCCAAUUCAUCAAUUCAAAAACACAAAAAAAAAAGCCAAGUGGAGUUACGGCGGCCACCGAAAUAUAAUCCUGGAUCUUCAGACUAAUGCAGCAUGGAUUGUGAUUACUCCAAAUUUUUGUACAAAAUUGGACCCGGCACCAUACCAUCACCGUGGACUCCAGUGAAUGCCGGUCCGCCAGGUGCCCUUGGAUCGGCAGACACAAAUGGCAGCAUGGUGGAUAGUAAAAACUUGGAUGUUGGUGAUAUGAGCGAUGACGAAAAGGAUUUAUCGUCCGCUGAUGCCGAGGGUGUAUGGAGCCCAGAUAUCGAACAGAGUUUUCAAGAGGCUUUAUCUAUAUAUCCGCCGUGCGGACGUAGGAAAAUCAUUUUAUCCGACGAGGGUAAAAUGUACGGUCGCAACGAACUGAUCGCCCGGUAUAUUAAGCUGCGCACUGGCAAAACGAGAACCAGGAAGCAAGUCAGCUCGCACAUCCAGGUGCUUGCUAGACGGAAACUGCGCGAGAUCCAGGCGAAAAUCAAAGUGGAAACCAAUGGUGUGUCCCUGCAUUUAUUAAAUGAGAAAGAGCAAACGUUGCAGGUCAUGAGCACAAUGACCAGUUCGCAAAUCGUGUCCGCCCAAGCGGCCAACAAUCUGGCAUUGGCUGCCUCGGCAUUGUCUUCGUCGUCUGCAGGUGGUGGUGGUGGUGGUGGUGGUGUUCCUCCUCCUCCUGUUGCUGGUGGUGGUGCUAGUGGUGCUAGUGGUGUUACUAGUGGUGCUGGUGGCGGUGCUGCUGCCGUUUCGAGUGGCAUCCAUCAUGCAAGGCACUUGGGCCAUAGGCAUAGUAUUCUACCCGCGGUGGCUAAUCCGUCGUCGUCGUCCUCGCCGCGACAGCACCACCACUUCCAUCCGGUCCACCACCACCAUCCGGUCCACCAUCCGAUCCACCCAGUCCAUCCAGCCCACCACCACCACCACCACCACCACCAUUCCCAUCCCAACCUGACGCACCUACCGCAUAGUCAUAUGCAUCCGCACCAUCACCAGCAUGCGGCAGCCGUUGCAGCGGUCUACCACCUGCAGCAGCAGCAACAGCAGCAGCAGCAGCAGCAGCAGCAACAACAGCAGCAGCAGCAACGGUCCAAUUCGAGUGACAGGGACACCCACGAUGGUCCAGUGGGUCAAAGUGAUUCGGCAGCACCGCCGCCACCGCCUCCACCACCGUUGUAUUCUGGCCAAUUCUGGCAGCCGGGACUCCAGCCGAGCACAUCGCAAGAUUUCUAUGAUUACAGCAUCAAGCCCUUCGCCCAGCCACCUUAUCCAGCCGGCAAGCCAUCGACGGCCGUUUCCGGGGAUGAAACUGGAAUUCCGCCCUCACAAUUGCCUUGGGAAGGCCGAGCCAUUGCCACGCACAAAUUCCGCCUGCUCGAGUUUACGGCGUUCAUGGAAAUCCAGCGAGAUGAUAUGUACAACCGUCACCUUUUCGUGCAACUUGGCGGCAAGCCAUCCUUUUCCGAUCCCUUGCUUGAGACUGUUGAUAUCCGACAAAUAUUCGACAAGUUUCCGGAAAAGUCCGGGGGGCUCAAAGAUCUCUACGAAAAGGGUCCACAGAAUGCGUUUUACCUGGUUAAAUGCUGGGCGGACCUGAACACCGACCUAACGACCGGCAGCGAAACGGGUGAUUUCUAUGGCGUAACCAGCCAAUACGAAAGCAACGAGAAUGUCGUGCUCGUCUGCUCCACGAUCGUUUGCUCUUUUGGCAAGCAGGUGGUGGAGAAAGUGGAAAGCGAAUACUCUCGGCUGGAGAACAAUCGCUAUGUGUACCGCAUCCAGCGGUCGCCGAUGUGCGAGUACAUGAUCAACUUCAUCCAGAAGCUGAAGAACCUACCCGAACGCUACAUGAUGAACAGUGUGCUGGAGAACUUUACAAUAUUGCAAGUAAUGAGAGCCCGCGAAACGCAGGAGACACUUUUGUGCAUAGCGUAUGUGUUUGAGGUGGCGGCACAGAACAGCGGCACCACCCACCACAUAUACCGACUAAUUAAGGAAUAGCAAAAG